AUGGGGUCCCCAUCAAAGCCAUGUAGCCCUUUGGCUAAGGCCAUUGACGAGUUCCUGGAGGAAAUGAAGGUUCGCGACCGAAAGGGGCGAUUCUACGAAGAAGUCCUAAACUCCAGAGCUGUCAUGGCGAUUUCCGAAGGCCAAAGAGGAGUGGACGAAUGCGCGGGGAGAUUGACAGAAUUCGUCAAACAGAUCGAGCAGCGAGGAUAUUCCUCAAAGACCACCAGACUCCUUCGGGCGAUCGACCCUUUCAUGGAUGGGAUACAAAACCUGAUGUCAGCUUGCCAGACUAUCAUACAAGCAAGUCCAUCUGCAGUCGGCGUAGUGUUUACUGGCGCGCAGCUUGUCUUACAGCUGGCGCAGAAAAUGGGCAAGGCGUUCGAUGUCAUAACCGAAGCGAUGGCGGAGAUCGGUGCUUCUCUCAAGUGCUAUGCCAAGUUCGCAGUGGCUUAUGAGACUUCUGGAGAAGUUUGCGAGAGGCUUGUGGCCUCAUACAAAAACAUUGUCGGUUUUUGGGCCACAGCAACGAAGCUUCUCGACCAAAACCUCAUUAUUGGCACACUUAAAAAUAUCCUGCAUCCUCUCGCAGACGAGAUUCAGAGUACACUGGACUCCAUGCGUCGAGAUUGUAGCAGGGUAGAAUCAAUAGCCCAUGCUGAAGAAGCUCUGCGCGCCAACGAAGAGAGGAAAAGACUGAAAGUGGAGCAUGAAGAGAAAUUGAAAAAUGGUAUUCGCGACUGGAUCAGCGGGGGGGGAUGA